CGGUUCCGGCGCCCAGUCUGCGCGAGCUGGCGAAGAUGGCGGCGGCCGAGACUGAUCGCGAAGUACCGUCCGCUCUGUGUAGCGAAUUCCUGGAUUUCUCGCCCAGGGACACGGCAUCGAAAUGGAGUCAUGCGUCCGAUUUCCAUAGAACAGUGUACCAGCACCUGGCAUGCUACGUGCCCAAAAUCUAUUGCCUUGGGCCCAACUUGAACCCCCAGAAUGAGGAGCUCCUGGCCCAACUUCUUCUGCUGGCACCCUUGGAGUGGUAUUUAUGUGAUGAGGACCCAUCCGCAGGCCUGGCCAAACUGGAGCAGAGUAACCAGCCGUCCCAACUCUGUGGCCACGUCUUCAAGGUGGGCGAACCCACCUACUCCUGCAGAGAAUGUGCUGCGGACCCCACCUGUGUGCUUUGUAUGCAGUGUUUCCUGGGCAGUGUACACAAAGAGCACCGCUACAGGAUGACAACCUCUGGAGGAGGGGGAUUCUGUGACUGUGGGGACACUGAGGCCUGGAAGAAGGGUCCAUACUGUCAGAAACAUGAGCCUAACAUCAGUGACACCUCACAGGAGGACCCUCUGGCUCAUCUUUCAAGUGACAUGAUCGCUCGCACCCGCAGCAUCUUCUCUAUUGUGCUCAAGUACUCUGUAGAUAUGCUCACCUGGGAAAAGGAGGAUGAGCUCCCUUCUGGCCUGGAACCACUGGAACGAGGGGACACAUACUACUGCAUGCUGUUUAACGACGAGGUCCACACCUACGAACAAGUGAUCUAUACCCUUCAGAAGGCUGUCAACUGCACCCAGAAAGAGGCUGUCAGCUUUGCCACAACCGUGGACAGAGAUGGUCGCAAGUCUGUUCGCUAUGGCGACUUUCAGUUCUGUGAGCAAGCCAAGUCAGUCAUUGUGAGGAACACCAGUCGGCAGACCAAGCCCCUGCGUGUGCAGGUGAUGCACUCCUCAGUAGUUGCCCACCAGUGCUUUGCCCUCAAAGCUCUUGGCUGGCUGAGCCACGUCAUUGGGUACUCAGAUGCCUUGAGGAGAAUUCUGUGCCAGGUGGGAUUGGAGAAAACCUUAGAAGGCGAGAACUCCUCCCUGGUGGACACCCUCAUGCUUUGUGACUCCAAGAUGUGGAAAGGUGCAAGGAAUGUCUACCAUCAGCUCCUAAUGAGCAGCCUUCUCAUGGAUCUGAAGUACAAGAAGCUGUUUGCCAUCCAGUUUGCAAAAAAUUAUGAGCGCUUGCAGAGCGACUAUGUGAAAGACGACCACGACAGAGAGUUCUCGGUCACGGACCUCUCAGUGCAAAUGUUCACAGUGCCUUCCUUGGCUCGUAUGCUGAUCAUGGAGGAGAACUUGAUGACCACCAUCAUUCGAACGUUUGUGGACCACCUGCGCCACCGUGACCAAAGGGGCCGCUUCCAGUUUGAACGCUAUACCGCGCAACAGGCCUUCAAGUUCCGCCGUGUCCAGAGCCUCAUUGGAGACCUCAAGUAUGUGCUAAUCAGCCGGCCCACAGAGUGGAGCGACAAACUCAGGGAGAAGUUCCUGGAGGGGUUCAGUGCCUUCUUGGAGUUGCUGAAGUGUAUGCAGGGCAUGGACCCAGUGGUGCGCCAAGUGGGUCAGCACAUUGAAAUGGAGCCAGAGUGGGAGGCAGCUUUCACAUUACAGAUGAAGCUAACACACAUCAUCUCCAUGAUGCAAGAGUGGUGUGCCUCUGAUGAGAAGGUGCUGGUUGAGGCCUACAAGUUCUCUUUGGCCGCUCUGACCCAUUGUCAUGGCGGGUUCACUGAUGGCGAGCAGCCCAUCACACUGAGCAUGAGUGGGCACUCGGUGGACACCAUCCGAUACUGUGUCUCCCAGGAGAAAGUCAGCAUUCACCUGCCGGUAUCUCGCCUGCUUGCAGGUUUGCAUGUUCUCCUCAGUAAGACGGAGGUAGCAUACAGAUUUCCUGAACAGUUACCUCUGAGUGAGCUCAGCCCCCCCAUGCUGAUCGAACACCCCCUGCGCUGCCUUGUACUCUGUGCUCAGGUGCAUGCUGGGAUGUGGAGGAGAAAUGGCUUCUCACUGGUUAAUCAGAUUUAUUACUACCACAAUGUGAAGUGCAGGGUAGAAAUGUUCGACAAGGACCUCAUCAUGCUGCAGGCUGGUGCUUCUAUGAUGGACCCCAACCACUUCCUGAUGAUUGUCCUUAGCCGCUUUGAGCUCUAUCACAUCUUCAGCUCCGCUGAUUAUCGGAAGAGAUACAAUCGGGAGAACGCUAACAAGGAUAUCAUUCAACAGAACAACACACUGAUUGAGGAGAUGCUGCACUUAAUAAUGAUGGUUGUGGGUGAACGUUUCGCUCCGGGCAUCGGAAUGGUCCAGAGCUGUGACGAGAUCAAGCGUGAGAUUAUCCACCAGCUAUGUAUCCGUCCCAUGGCCCACAGUGAACUGGUGAAGGCACUGCCUGAAAAUGAAAACAAGGAGACUGGGAUGGAGAGGGUCAUCGACUCUGUUGCCUCAUUCAAGAAGCCAGGAGUAACAGGCAGAGGCCUAUAUGAGCUGCGUCCAGAGUGCGCCAAGCAAUUUAAUCUUUACUUCCAUCACUACUCCCGUGCUGAUCAGUCAAAGGCUGAAGAAGCCCAGAGAAAGCUUAAGAGACAGAAUGGAGAAGAUUCAGCUCUGCCACCCCCGGUAUUGCCGCCCUUGUGCCCGCUCUUUGCCAGCCUGGUUAACUUGCUGCAGUGCGAUGUACUGCUUGCCAUGCUCGGAACUGUGCUGCAGUGGGCUGUGGAACCCAGCGGGGGUCACUGGUCUGAAUCCAUGCUGCAAAGGGUUCUACACCUCAUAGGGAUGGCUCUUCUGGAGGAGCAGCAGCAGCUGGAGAAUAGCAUUGAGGAAAAUGAUGUUGGAUUCAACUUCACCCUCAAAAUCUCUCGGCCUGGAGAGGCCCCCAGCAACACCCCCAGCAUCCUUGCCCUCCUAGAGACCUUGCAGAAUGCCCCCCACCUGGAGGUGCACAAAGACAUGAUACGCUGGAUCCUGAAGACAGUGGCUGCUAUUAAGACAAUGCGGGAGCGUACCACUACCGCCCCAGAGACGGACGCUGUCGGCCAGAGCCAAGAGGAGACAGUGCGGGACAAGGACAAGGCAGAGCGCAAGCGCAAGGCAGAGAUGGCACGGCUGAGGCGGGAAAAGAUCAUGGCCCAAAUGUCUGAGAUGCAACGCCACUUCAUCAAUGAAAACAAGGAACUAUUCCAGCAAAGCCUGGAGGAGCUGGAGGCUUCUACCUCUGCUUCACUAGAGCACAGCCCUACAUCCCCGGACACUGCGUCGGUAUGUGUGGGACCCCGGCGGAGCCGGCCAAGCGAAAAGCGGCUUGUUGUGACUUGCAUCCUGUGCCAGGAGGAGCAAGAGGUCCGGGAGGAUGGGCGUGCCAUGGUGCUGGCUGCCUUCGUACAACGCUCCACCGUCAUGUCGAAGAACCGCCGGAGGCCUUCACCCAACCCAGAGCGCUACGACCCUCUCUUUAUGCACCCAGACCUCUCCUUUGGCACCCAUACAGGGAGCUGUGGCCACAUCAUGCACUCCCACUGCUGGCAGAGGUACUUUGAGGCAGUGCAGGCCAAGGAACAGAGACGACAGCAGCGUCUCCGUGUUCAUACCAGCUAUGAUGUGGAGAAUGGCGAGUUCCUGUGUCCACUGUGCGAGUGUCUCAGCAACACAGUCAUCCCCCUCCUGCCGCUCACAAGGGGCUCAAAGAGCAGUGACCAUCCUGGUCUUGGGCAGUGGCUGGGGGUAAUAGGUCAGCAAGUGAAGGCAUUGCACUCAGCUCAUAAGAAGCUCAAACCUGUUGAUGCUGGAGCUGUAGAUGAAGCUGACAGAACGGACGAGUCUCCUCCUCCAGAUGGCUUCAAACCCAACUAUGUUCCAAAGGACCCUUACUCCAGCAGCAUAAAGGAGAUGCUGACCACGUUUGGGACAGCAACAUACAAAAUUGGCCUUAAAGUUCACCCCAAUGAGCAGGAUCCUCGGGUGCCCAUCAUGUGCUGGACCAGCUGUGCCUACACUAUCCAGUCCAUCGAGCGACUGCUGGUGGAUGAGGAAAAACCUUUAUUUGGCAGCUUACCUUGCAGACAGGAUGAUUGUUUGCAGUCACUGAUAAGGUUUAGCUCUGCUUGUUGGACCACAUCAUCGCUCCCCUCGGUGCAGAACCACUUCAUUAGACUAUUAGCAGCACUAGUUCCAGACCCGCAAGGGGAGAGCCACCCUAGCAUCUUGGAUGUGGAUAUGUUCCACCUGCUGGUGAGUCUGGUACUGUCCUACUCAUCGGUACACUGCCAGGACUCCUCCGGACUCAAUGUUGAUAGUGCCCAGCAACACUUCCUCCAGGUGGUCACUCUGGCACAUGUGGUCCAGGUCCUUCUCACCUCCAUACCAGCCGAGACAACAAUGGACCAGGAGACUGGAGCGGGGAGCAGUGAGGAGGAGGCAGCUGUCUGCCUCCUCUAUGGCCUCCUUAGGAGACAUCUUGUCAGUGACCUGUAUGAAGUCACCUCUGGCUGGCACCUGUGGCGCUGUGUUAAGGCAGGUGUGCUACCAUACCUGAGGAGUGCAGCUUUGUUCUUCCACCACCUGAAUGGGGUGCCUGCCCCUCCUGAGCUGCAUGCCCAGGGACCUGGUCAUUGGGAGCAUUUAUGUGCAUACCUUGGUCUGCCAUCCAACCUGCUGCAGCUGUACAGCAGUUAUCAAGAUCUCAUGGGCCCCCUUUGUCAAGGGUGGUGCUCUCAUCCAGGUGUACGAGAAUGUCUCCAUGGAAGUGGUCCACUUGUGAGCUUCCCCCGGGAGUCUAAUCGACUGAUUGACCUUCCGGAUGACUACAGCGCUCUCAUCAAUCAGGCCUCUAGCUUUACGUGCCCAAAAUCGGGUGGGGAUAAAUCCCGUGCCCCCACACUGUGCCUAGUGUGUGGCACCAUGCUGUGCUCCCAGAGUUACUGCUGCCAGGCAGAGCUGGAUGGCGAGGAUGUCGGGGCUUGCACAGCCCACACUUUCACCUGUGGGUCCGGUGUUGGGAUCUUCCUCAGGGUCCGAGAGAGCCAGGUGUUGUUCCUGGCUGGUAAGACAAAGGGCUGUUUCUAUGCUCCACCCUAUCUCGAUGACUAUGGUGAGACAGACCAGGGCCUUAGACGGGGUAACCCACUGCACCUGUGCAGGGAGCGGUACAGAAAAAUCCAGAAGUUGUGGCGUCAGCAUGGUAUCACAGAGGAGAUUGGUCAUGCGCAGGAAGCCAACCAGACCCUGGUGGGCAUUGACUGGCAACAUUUGUGACACCAUACAGUGUUGUUCAGUGCACACGAGCCUCACUCAGCAGGUGUCACACACCCGUUCAGACUGGAUUUUGGCUGCACAAGCCCACUUUCUGGGUAGGUUGUAAAGACAGAGGUUGCUAUGGCAAGCUGGGCCCACCCCUAUGCCCUUCCCUUCCACAUCUGAAAGGAGAAUGCAUGUAAAUUUCCUUUUUUAUUUUGCUGUUCUUUCUGGCAAAAUGGCUUUCCCCUUUCUUGAAAUUUAAUAUAUGAAGUGUUUGGCCAUGCGUUCAGCUGCAAGAGACUGGUUCAGAUGCUACACAAAUACCAACAGUAACAUUUCUGUAUGAAUGGUAUUUCAUUUGUUUAUUCCUAUAUAAUUUAAUUAUUUGAAGUUAGGUGGCUUACGUCAUGAGUUAUUUACUUCAGUUUGCUUUAAAUGAAACAAUACUUGCUGUUUUUAUGUUGUUUUUUUUUUUUUUCUCUUUGUGCAGAAGUCUGGUUUAAAGGUAACUAUCCCCUCUAUUAAGAACGUUGAUCUGACCAUAAUGAUGCCCGCUUUUGGUCAGCAUGUGUGUGUAUGCAGCCUGCCAAGAGAGAAAUGAGUUGCAAUAUUAAAAUGCGUAUUUAUUUUAAAGGAGCUCAGAACGCAAAACAUUAACUAUAUACAAUUUAAGACAGAAGUCUGGAAACCCGCAACAGCUCAUGUAUUAAGUGUGCGUGUGUGUUUUCAUUAUAGGUGUGAAUGCACAUGACAGACAUGGCUUCUCAGUCUUCUGAAUGAGGAUGUGCACUUGGUUGCUCACUUGUUUUAUUUUAGUGCGUGUGUUUGAAUGAUGUGAGAGGUGCCACAGUACCAUGGCCUCCCUACAGGCGCCAUAGUCACGCUGUUACAAGGUUUGGAACUGUGCGCUCAUGUGUAGAAAGUCCUUGACUGCCACUUAGUCACAAAAUGACUUGAACCAGGUACAGCUUGAAGUAGAAUAAUUUCAAAAACUGCAUCAUCACCCCCUGUUACUUUAAAUGUUUUGUGUUGAUUGGCAACUUCUGAGUAGCUGUUUACUUGGCUGAAAGUUUGCGUGUACAUUUCUGAAUGUUUUCAGACUUUUGUGCAAAUAUAAUUCACUAAGUAGGGGUCUUCAGCACGAAAUUCAUUGUGAAAUCAAAUAUGAACAGCUUCUUCCCGAGUGCAGAACACCUUCCCAGUGAGAGCAAUAUGCCGACUGAUAGUUUUUUGGUGGUGAUUUUGUUUCGCAUUGACUCUUAUUGCUUUACACAACGUGAAUUUCAUGAUCAGACGACAUAAUUGUCCAUAGACCAUCCAGGAAUUCAAGUACCAAGAAUCAGGCAGCAGCAUGACUGGAAACAAUCCCAUAGCGAUAAAUACAUGCUGUAUGGGUCUAAAUAAACUCCUUGGUGUAGCAGGAUGUGUGUGUGCUACACUCAGGUACUUCCUCUCCUGGCCUCCUCCAGUUUUUCCUCCUUUCUCUUGAUCCCCCUACAAAUCUCGCCCCCCCCCUUGACUUUCCCACUAGCCUUUGCAGUCUUCUCCCCAACUGCCCACUCCAUACUGUGACAAACUUCCAAUAUCAAGGAAAUGUUGUUAUAUGUCAUGGGCAGACUUGUUAAUAUGUGAAUUCUUGUAUAAAUGGGUACAUUGUACUAUAUUGUAAAACAGAAAUAAAAGCAGU